UCAUCCGCAGCAGACGUCAAAACGGAAAAUUUUACAGUGGCAGGCAUCGAUCGGCAUCCGAGAAAAGUUUGUUGUGUGAAAUUUUCGGGAAAUUUGGUGAAAAAUUCUAGUGCUAGGCUAAACAAAAGUGUUCCCUCGGGAUCCCAGUGCGUGAAAACAUUGUGCGAGUGGCUUCACGGUAUCGAUUUCGGCACGGAACGGACCCCAUUUUUUGUUUCCUUUUUCGACUUUAUCCCCUUGCGAGAGAAGUGCGAAAUAUGUGCGAUCCACUGCGGCGGGUGUCGAAAAUAAGAUGUCUACACCUGUAAAGCGUAAAAUUACACUCGAGCUCAAUCCGAAUAAGAAGGUUCUCCCCAAAGAUCGGCCCAGCGUGUUCCAGCGGCUCGGCACCAAGAAGUACCAAACGUCGCUGACUGGCGGAAGCGGGCCCGUAAAGCUACACCAGCAGGAGCAAGAUUCGACUGUCAACAAGGAAGAGAUAGUCAAACGCAUUGUCGGCUGCGACGAACCGGAACUGGUUCCACCUCCCAAACUUGUGAUCGUGCCGGAGAGCGUCUCGGCACACGCCCGACUCAUCGAGGCACAACUUGCCGCCAAACUUGGCAAGGUCAUAGUCAGCCGGGGAGAAACUAUCGGAGCCACCGGUCCAGCGAGCAUCGUACCUCCCGUUUCCAGCAGCAGAAGCGAAGCCAAGUCUAGCGGAGGGGGCGGUAGUGGUGGGCACAGCAGUUCCGCAGUCAUUGAACGUGCGGGUCCCAGUGCCGGCGGUAGCAGUUCCGAACCAUCGCGAGGCGGCGGCGGUGGCGGAGGAGGAGGAGGCUGGGAUCAAUCCAGUCUAGAGAAUGCUGAUCAGGACAUUCUAGAGCGCAAACGUAAAGAACUACAGCACGAGCUGAAACUGGAGAUGGACGCUAGUGGCGGUGGAAGCAGUCAUCACCAUCAUCACCACCAUUCUUCGUCCUCGUCGAUGAUGAAGCAGAAAUCCGGCAAGGAGACUCUGGUGGUGAAGAAGAUCCGAAAGGUACCGGCCCCCCGUAGGUCAUCCUCCAGUUCGGACAGUUCUAGUAGCAGCGGGUCGGAUUCAUCCGAUUCGGAUUCAAGUUCCAGCUCUAGCAGUUCCAGCCGAGAUUCGAGACGGGUCAAGAAACGGACUGUCCGCCAAAGACGCGAUUCAAGUUCCAGCUCGGAUGGUGGCGGUGCGAAGAAGAUUGUCAAAAAGCACCCUAAAAAGCUCUCUGCUGAUGGAACCAAACGAAUUGUGACCAAGAAAAUCGGUGGGCACCUGACCAAGAUUCGUGUUAAGAAAGUCACGAGUCCUGGAGGAACCACAAGUCACAUCCGGAAAGUUGCCCGUGAAGUAUCCCCUAGUGGAAAGACGCCCACGAAAUAUACCGUCAAAAAGGUGGUAGCCUUGAAGAAAGAUAAGCAUGCCGUAGUGGUGGAUGCCCGGGAACGUGUCCGUGAAAAGGAACGUGAAAUGGCUCUGCGGGAAAAAGAACGAGAAAGAGAAAAAGAACGUUUGCGCCUUCGAGAGCGAGAGCGUGAACGCGAGCAUGUCAAAAGUCGAUCACCCAGGGCGCAUAUCAGGUCUCGUUCGCCGCGAUCGCGAAUGUCCCCAACGGCCGUAACGGUGACCGUUCGCGGAAGGGAGAAAAAGAAGUCUCCCGAGGGAUCGCGAUAUCGCGAACCGCCAGUAGCCGUAGUGAGACGCCCGGAGCGAUCCCCUGAACGAAUGGACGAUCGUCGCAGACAUGAAACCCUAAAAGAUCGCGAACGCCGCGAAAGACAAGAACGGGAACUGGCCAGAAACAAGGAACGUGAAGAGGCGCUAGCUCGCUGUCAGGAACGCCAACGGGAGCGUGAACGGCUGGCUGCCGCAAAGGAUCGCGUCGCCCCUCGUCGCGAGCGGGAAGUUCAACCACCCAUAGAUGGAGGCUUGGAAAAGCCCGAUCGUCAUCGACCGGUCGAACGGUUGUUGCCUCGUCCAGCAGAACGCGCUCGAGCUUUAGCCGCAGCUCGGUCACCUGGAGGUGGUAAGCUUGAUCACGAUCGUAGUCGGACCCCAAACUCACCACGCAGCCGCGAUCGCAUUCCCCGGGAGCGGUCAUUUGAUCGUGGACCUGCGGAUAGAGGAUUUGUCGAUCAUCAUGACCGGCGCAGUCGUUCCAGAGAUAGAGAAUAUGUUACUCCCAUUGUCCGUGGUGCCCGAAGCCGCGAUAGUCCUUAUGAUCGUCAUGCCGCACCGCCUGCACCACGAGAAACCCGCGACUACAGAGAGCCUGAGCCUCGUCCUGCCCCUGCUUACGAGCGAGACAGAGGUGGUCGUGGCGGUGGAGAAGGAGGUGGUAGAGGUGGCCAUGACUACGGUCGCAACGAAUACCCGGACGACCCUCCGCCUCGACGAGAACUUGACCGGGAGUGGGAAAGAGAACGAGACAGAGAACGUGAUCGUGAACCGGAACGUGGCCCACCGCAACGGGGUGGGUAUGACCGACGUGACGACCACGGCCGAGACUGGAACCGAGAUCACGGUCCUCCGCCGCACAGCCACAAUCACGAGCCGGAUAAUUACCAGGGCCCAUCCAGGAACUGGGAGGAAGGAUCUCGCUGGAAGGAAGCCGACGGAUGGGUAAAUGAAAAAGAUCGUGGAGACUGGAAGUUCAAGGACCGUGCAUGGGAACAUGAUGAUCACCCAGCAGUUGGUCCGCCAGCGCAUUCUCACAAUCACGGCGGUGGCCGCCGUUGGCAACAUAAUCAUCCGGAGCCAAAUCAAGGAUCAAACUGGCACGGAAAACCACCUAAGGAAGACAUGGAUUUCAGUCCUCGUCACAAGCUGGCGGGAAGGCUUGGCGAAAGAGUAGGAAAUGACAAUUCUAUGUUUCGACGGCAGCACCAAGGCCAUCAGCCGAUGUUCCACGGUCACGGCCGCAAAGGGCACGUAGGAAUGGGUCCAGGUCGUUUUGGAAACCAGAACAAGUACAGUAUCAACCGCACACAGCAAAAUCUCGUGGCUCAACAUCAACAUUCGCACCAACAUCCGCCACCACUACAUCAUCAACAACAACAGCAGCAACAACCUUCCCAAGGCCCUCAAGGGAUUCAACCAUUGAUUCCUCCAGGACCAGGCCCAAUCAAUCUAAUGAAUCAACCGGGACCGAUUCAGCAGGGACCGCCUCAGCUGGGACCCCCUCAGUUGGGACCGGCUCAUCCAGGGCCGCCGAUUCAACCAGGACCGGCUCAACAAGUCGCACCGGGUCCUGAUAACAGCAAUGCCCGGCAAAUCACAGCUCCACCUGAAGAUGACCUUCCACCCCUAAUUCAGCCGAUUCCUCCGGUAGCGAAACCAAAUCCCAGCGCUUCUAUGCCAAGCGAGGAUACAUCGAACCAGAUGGUUCCUGGAACUGUAACGGUUCCAUCCACAAGUGGAGAAACCCCUAUUGAUGGGGCAGCUUCCGUACGGCCACCAAACGAGGGUGUCGCACCGACGACAGAUGCAUCAAUUACUGCUGAAGCAGCCGAGCCAGGAUCCGUUGCUGCUGUCAGUGCUACUACAGCGGCUGUUACUGACAAACCAGCAGGUGAGCAAGCUGCUCUCCCACCCGCUGAACCUAUGGAUGAAGAUAAUCUCAGUGAAAUCAGCGACGAUCCGGACGAUAUUUUAACUAGAGAAGAG